UUUUCUUAAUGAAAUUAUAAUUUUAGUACUUAAAAAUCUGCCAAUGUGAAGAUAUUUUGCUGUUGAAACAUGUUUUUAAAACAAAGAAAUUUGUUGUUCAUCUGUGUAAUAAUUUACCUAAAUGGUAGAUAUUUCAAGGUUACUGAAGCAAAUUCCAUAUUUCGUUUUGGCUUUGAUUUUGGUUUGAAUGUCAAUGAAAAUUCAUUUAAAACCUCUUUCAAUAUUGGCGAUGAAAAGGAGGAGAGUGUAACUACUACAAAGACUAUUAAAGAAACUGCUUACGUUACGGAAUCGCCUGCCACAGUAGCCUCACCCAUUUUAACGGAUAUUUGGACGAAACAAGCUCAACUGGACGCUACUGCCAAUGACAAACUACAAGCGUCUCAAGUAGCUGUAACACAGUUGAAAAAUGAAAUUUUAGUUGUGGUGGGUCGCAGUGAUUUCAUAGCGGCGAAAGUCAAACUAAUGACGCGCUAUUUAAACAAAGUAAAUGCUGUUAUAGCAACUACUAACACUGUUGCUACAACUGCUACCGUUGCUGAUGAUAAUAAUAAUGAUGAUGAUGAUUGUAGUAGUGCUGGUGCUGGUACUGGUCACGAUGAUGCAGCUGCAAAUCGUUUUCUAAUUUUGCAAGACUAUGUGCAGUUGGUGGAUGAUUUACGUGCGCCGCCUACUAGUGAAGAAGGUGGAGAACGUUCAUUGGAUUAUAUGGUUAUGAAACUGGGUUUGGAAAAGCAUAAAUUGAUUGAAUUGCAAACACAAAUCUUGCUGGAAGUACUGCAGGCCAUGGAAACGUGGCAAACGUAUGUGAAGACACAACUAGUUGAUGUUACUACAGUCUAGUUUGAAAGUUGAAACAAUUUUCUUAUCGCGAAAUGAAAUUUUAUUGUAGUACAUAGUUGGUAUAUUAAAUAAAAAGUAAAAUAAAAAUAA